AUGUAUGCGGGAUUCAAGGCAAAUGAUCUGCAUGGCAGUAACAGACCAAAAGAGAACACUCCUAACAAGGACGUACCGGCAAAGGGUGCGAGUGCACGAUUCCAGGCAGAAGAGAUACCCGAAAACGAUUCGCCUGCCAACGUGAAAGUGAAUGAUUCAGCUGCCAAGAAUAAUAGAGAGAAUAGUGAUCUGCCUUCUCAGCCUCCUACGCCUGAAAAAUCAGACGGCAAUCACAUUGCCAAUAGUGAAGAACUAUCAGCGAGUGAUUUACCUGAUUCAAACAGGGCAGAUCUGCUCGUAAACAAUGAUGCGACUGAUAGUGUCCCAACAAGCUACGCAUCGGAAAAGGACCCCAGUAACAAUAAGAAUCUAGGCAAAAGUCCAGUUGCUGAUCUGUCACGAGCCGAUUCGUCUUCCCAGCAACUAUCAAGUAGAGAAUCAGUCAACAACAAAGCAGGCAGCGCCGUUGACACACCUCCAGAAACAAGCGUAGCGGCACUGAUAGCCGGCACAACGAUCCUGCUCAACGUCGGCGCUGUCAGUAUCGCUGGCUAUCAGGUGUCGCUUGAAAGCCCAUCUGAGGUCGAAGGAAUUGAGCACGGGAAAUCUCAGCAACAGAAAUCGCCAGUCCUCGUGAUUGACGGCCUGAGACACACGCUUCCUCAGUUCCCUCCAAUUUCGCCUUCGGUAUUAGAAAGCUCUCUCGUGCCCGUCAUCACAGCAGCAGGUGGCGACAUCUUCUCUGCGUCCGGCAACGAUAAGGUCAUCGUCGAUGACAAGAUGAUGCUCUCGCGCAACGGCGCCCCUAUCGCGCCCACGAAUGCGGUUGUCAUCACAGCAGUAGGCGGACAUGGACUCGCUGUUGACUAUGAAGGCACUGUGGUUGUUGACGGCAACACGACACUUUCGAGUGGUGGAGCUGUGCUUACUGUCGUCAGCACGCCUAUGAGGCCGGUCUCAGGUAGACUAGAGGUAGGCGAGUCGACGUUGUCGCUGCAGUGGAUGGGUGAUUUUGGGUUGGGCUUUGUGACUGUGGCGACGAAAUCCGACGAGGUGAGUCGCGUGCCCGGUUCUAUGAGGCCGAAUGGGACUAGCAAGGCUGGAGGAGUGGUAGGCCAGAGUCUAGUGGCUCUUGAGGGGAAAGGGUGGCGUGUGAAGGUGUGGAAUCAGGUGAGCUGGCUGGCAACAAUGGUGAUGGUACUACUCCUCAUAUAG